AUGGAGUACUUGUCAUCUCUUAUCCUCCCCUCAGCACUAUUCCUGCUCUCAUCCCUCUGCUUCAUCCUCCUCUUCAGCAUUAAUCGUCGACUACCAAACACCACAACCGCUGCCACUGUCAUCAGGGGCUACCGGAUCAUCAGAAACCUCCUUCUUUUCCUCAAGAACAGCCAUCGAAUUAUUGAAUGGUCGGCGGAAGUCCUCUCCACAGCCUCUUCAUCAACCAUCACCAUCGCCCCCAUCAUAUUCACCUCAGACCCCAAAGUCAUCGAGUACAUCGCCAAGACUCGCUUCGACAACUACGCUAGGGUUGAGGAAAUCAACGCCGCGCUUGAAGAUUUAUUAGGCAGUGGUAUAGCCAACGUCAAUGGAGAACAGUGGAAACUCCAGCGAAAGAUGGCAAGCCCGGAGUUCAGCCCUAAUUCUCUGCGCUCUUUCUUGCAUGAUGUAGUCCAGUAUCGGAUUGAUGAGAGGCUGGUACCUUUGCUGAGAGACGCCAGUAACAGUGGUCGAGUUGUUGAUCUCCAGGACCUGCUCGAACGCCAUGCGUUUGACGUUAUUUGCAAUCUCGUCCUCGGCGUUCAGCCUGAUUGCCUCUGCAACAAGAGGGGCGAAGGCGAGAGGUUCUACAAGGCAUUCCGUGAAGCGACAGAUAUAUCAAUCAAGAGGGGAUUGAUGACUUCCGUAUCAACUUGGAGGCUUAAGAGAUCACUGAAUAUUGGAUCAGAGAGACGCUUGAAGGAAUCGGUGGCAACUGUUCAUGAAUUUGUCAAUAAUUCCGUUAAAUUACGAACACUGCAGCGGAAUACUGGCGGUGAUGAUAGUGGUGGAGAUUUCCUGUCUAGAUUCGUCCACAGUGACGAGAGUCUCUCGGAUGAAUUUAUCCGAGAUGUGCUGAUCAACUUCUUAGUCGCAGGGGACACCACGCCAUCUGCUCUCACUUGGUUCUUCUGGAACCUCUCCGCUAAUCCAGAUAUUGUUACGAAGAUACAAAAAGAGCUUAAAUCGAUUCAAAAUCUUCAUAACCCGGAGGCUUUCACCCUCAGUAAGCUUCGGGAGAUGAACUACCUCCAUGCAGCAAUCUCAGAGUCUAUGCGGCUGUACCCGCCAAUACCAUUAGUUCCGAAAAAGUGCUUAGAAGACGAUGUGCUUCCGGAUGGGACACCAGUGCAAAAAGGCUGGAUGGUGUUCUACAAUUCUUAUGCGAUGGCGAGGAAGGAGGCGAUAUGGGGAGAGGAUUGCUUCGAGUUCAGGCCGGAGAGAUGGCUUGAUGACGAAGGCGUCUUCAAGCAGAGGAAUGCAUUUGAGUUUCCAGUGUUUCAUGCUGGGCCAAGAGCUUGCCUGGGGAAGGAGCUGGCAUAUUUGCAGAUGAAGGCGGUGGCAACGAGCGUGCUGGAGAGGUUUGACGUGGAGGUGGUGGAGGAGAGAGCGGAGUUUGAGCUGGGGUUGACGUUGAGGAUGAGAGGAGGGUUGCCAGUGAGGAUCAAGGAGAGACGAGUUUGAGCGGGUAAAUAUUGUGUCCACAUUCUCCACCAUCUUGGUUGUAAAGAAUGUAUACA